UGGUCUCCCGCUCGCUCCCCAUAGAACCGCAUGUUCCCACGCGAUCGCGUUGGUGUUGAUGUCAGUUCGCGCAGCGAACAGCGUCAGUGUGAGUCGUAAGCGUUGUUUUCUGCUGAAUCGCCGUUGUCGGACGCGACUGGCAGGCAUGGCGAUCAGCGCCUCGACAUUCUGUCUGCUGCUCGUCGUCGCACUGGUGGAUUCGGCUUUUUCCACGCAGCGCAUAUUGCGUUCGUUCCUGAACCCGGACUGCGAGGAGUCGUGCCGCGAGCGAAACGUGACGACGCUCUACCUGAGAGCCGAUGGCCCGAACGACACGUUGCAUUAUUUGUGGGAUUUCACCGGCACCCCGUCUAUACUGUUGGCGCUCACGCCGCCGUCCGUCUGGCUCAAUAUCAGCUGGGACGACUAUCUCGCGAGGAAGCCGAACUCGCUCCACUUCACGGAGAAGCCCACCUAUUCCUUCGGGCUGAUAAUAAACAAGAUUAUCGAAUUCAACGACGUAAAUGACACGGCACUGAUUGACACUGCCGACGUCACUAAUACGAACGUUUUGCGUCCCGAGUAUUUCAACUGGCGGCGCGUGUCCCUAUCGCAAAAGAGCGAAUUCGUCUAUCUGGAUAUGGAGGGUAACUCUUAUCACGAUACAGCUAAGAAUAUCAGCCGAUACGGGAGUAUAAAGCUUUCGCUCCGAGGAUUCUGCACCCUCGACCACUCGGCUAUGGUGCCGCAUAUGUUGCACACAGAGAAUUCUACGCUGGUGGAUAUCAUUCUCGACCACCUCCAGACCAACGAAACCUUUUCCAAUAGCAGAUUCGCCAUCGAAUUGCUCGCGGUUGGCGGUGGUGAUCCCGAGGUACCGAUGUUCGUUGAUCCGAAAAAAAGUCUGGAUGACGAGCACACGCCGGGUAUAUUCGAGGUUGUCGAAGUUAGAACGCCACCCUACAGAGAUCUGAAUAAUGGGCUAGACGCCGGAUCAUAUUUACAAUGGCGGCCGGUGUCAUAUAACAGCGCAUCGCGCGAUGUAACCAGUUCCACGGAAACAGUACAAUAUCCACCGAAAAAAGUGUUCAAUCAUACGAGCGUUAUUAAAAAUUCGAUGCUCUAUUGUUAUUACGGCGAAACUGCGGAUGAUCUCUUGCUGCAGAGAUUGACGGUUUCCUUGGGCAUGAAAGGAGAUGGUUUUUAUAAGAAGACAAAUUAUCUAACGUGGACCUUUACGAUCGGAUAUGGAACACCACCCGAGGAGAGAUUCUCUUCUCUAGUCAUUAUGAUUAUCUCAAUUGGCCUCGGCCUUCCUUUGCUCAUUAUGGUCAUCACUGGCCUAUAUCUCUGUAUUCGUAGAAUGCCGAAACGACGUGGCAACGCUUAUUUGAACCGAUGAACUCGCCGUUCAUGUGCCAUGUGGUUUCUUUAUAUGUCGCGUGUACGUUAGGUGCAUUGCUACACACAAACUAUUGUUCUUCACAAAGAGAUAUUCCUAUAUACAUACAUAUAUAUUUAUAUGACACAUAUUAUAUAUAUUUUUACACGAACUAUUAGAUCUGAAAUCAGUGUGAUGAUAGCGUGAAUGAUAAAUGGUUUCUCAUAACGUAUUUAACAUUUAGCAAGCGUUAGUGUAGUCUAGUUCUCUAUUUUAAUAUUUUACGAUAGUACGUUGUCUGUUGAUACUUGAUGAAAAAAAAAAUGUUAAAGCAAUCACAUUUGUUUCUAAAUACGCUAUGAGAAAAUGGCGUGUUAAUUUGUGCAACGAAUGAUUGAACUUUUCUAAGCAAUUUGUAAUUAAACGUCGAUUGUAUGCACGAUUUACGAAAUAUAUCCUACAAUAAGUUGUAUGACAU